GGAAGCGAAUAUGAACAAGAAAUAAACAUGGCGGCUCGCAGUGUGUUGAUGUCUAUUUGGACCUCGUUUACGGGUUUAAAAUUAGGCGUCACAAGCACCAGAUUGAGUGCUUUUCAAAGGAUAAAUGUUCCUCAGCUCCCUACUUUAACCAUUCAGAGUAGAGGAGUCCGCCAAGUGGUGGAGAAGCAAGAGGACAAAACAACAAUGAUUGAGGGACAAAUCCUGGAUGUUCCAGCAGGACCACAACCUCCAAACCCCGAAGCAAAGUGUCCAAUCUACAGAUGGAACCUGCAGCAUAAAUACAACUACACGGAUGUCUUAUUGCUCAGUCAGUUUAUCAGGUCAGAUGGAGGGAUGUUGCCCAGGAGAAUCACUGGUCUCUGUCCACAGGAACAUCGCAAGAUUGCCAUUUGUGUGCAGAUGGCUCACAGAGCAGGUCUGCUUCCUGACCACAAACCCAAACUUCCAGAGGGCCAUGUCCCAAAGAGACUCAAGCCACAACUGAACAGAUACCUGACUCGCUGGUCUAUUAAAUCAGUGAAACCCAUCUAUAAAGCAGGACUGAAGUGGUGUAAGAAACGCAUGUCUGUUGGCCACCCGGCACUCAAGAACAAUGUGCGUUACAGCGUCAAGCCUCUUUACAUCAAACACUGAAGGACAGUACAGCGACCCUUUAUGCAAGGAUGCAGUGGGUUUUCACAUCUUUUAACUAGAUUUGUGUAAUUUACCGACUGUUGUCAUACUGCCCUGGGAAAAGCUUCAACCAUCUGUAUUUAUUCCAUCUUUUGUUUAAGUUGCAUCAUGAUUUAAAUUAAUCAUGCUCAGCACCACCCAGAAACAUCUAUUCUGUCUCUGUUGGUUUUCAAAAGGACUUUGAAGUCAACACACUGACAACUUAAUGUGAACAACUGGGUCAGUGUUACACUUUCAAUGUAGGUGGCAUGUUGACAGUGGAUACUCAAGGCAACACAGAUGUGCAAAUAAAAUGUCUGACUCAG